AUGCGGCCUUCAAGAAGUCCUCUGGCACUGGCCAGAUAUCUGCGGCCGGCUUUACCACGCUCCCUAUUGCCCCAAGCGCGCCAGUUGUCCUCACAAACGACCACGACCUCUCCAUCGCCGCCGGAAGACCCAACUCAAAACAGGACAAUCCUGACCGAAGAGCAAAAGAAGUUUCUCGACAGUGCACUGCGGGUCAACCAAGCAGGAGAGCUUGCAGCAACCCUCAUCUACACAGCGCAGACACCACCCGUGGUGAAGGCGCACCCCCAUCUCCGUCCACUCAUGAAGCAUAUGUAUGACCAGGAAGCUGGGCAUUUCAAGACCUUCAAUGAGCUGUUGGCAAAACACCGAGUUCGGCCCACUGUCAUGUACCCGAUCUGGCAGGUCGCGGCGACCGUUCUGGGAUGGACAACCGGUAUCAUGGGAAGAGAGGCAGCAAUGGCAUGCACCGAGGCCGUGGAAACGGAAAUCGGCAAUCAUUACAACGACCAAGUACGGGAACUGGUCAAAUGGAUGCAGGGUCUAGAAGCAAGAGGCGAGGAGCUCGAUCCUGAGCUCAAGGUCCUGAUUGAUGACAUCAAGCGCAUUCGUGAUGAAGAAUUGGAGCAUCUGGACCAUGCUGUGGAAAAUGAUGCCAAAGAGGCACAGCCAUACGAGCCCUUGGUGGAUGUCAUUCGCUACGGCUGUCGAAGUGCAAUCUGGGUCAGUGAACGAUUCUGA